GUCCGUUUGUUUACAUCGCACGUGAAGCCAAACAAUCCCGCGUUCACAAACCAUACCGCCGAUCGCUGUUGAGAUCUUCCAAGAUGCUGAAGAAUGCGGUAGCAAUUGCCUGUAAGUAUGGGCUUCCUGGCAUGAAAGCUCGGCCACUACACACAGCCACCGCCAACUUGUUUGAAAAUGACAUGCAGACACAGAAAGUUGAAAGGCUGGAAAAAACAAUAAACCAAGUGAUGCUUCUAGGUAGAGUUGGGGCAGAUCCAGAGAAACGGGGCACGGAACAACACCCAGUUGUCACUUUUUCCAUAGCCACACACACCAACUACCGCAAAGGAGAAGACCUCAUUCAGCAAACUGACUGGCACCGUAUUGCAGUUUUCAAGCCAUACCUUCGUGAGACAGUUUACCGCUACCUGACCAAAGGCCAGAGAGUGUUGGUUCAAGGGCGGCUUGGCUACCUGGAGCGAAGAGACCCAGAAAAUAAUUCUAUCGUUAUGAAGUCAGCGACAAUUGUUGCUGAUGAUGUUGUUUUCUUUAAUAAGGGGGAGGGUAAUACAGGGAUCUAUUAGUAUUUGUAACAAUUAGAAAGAAAAUAUUAGAUACAAUGACGUAUGAUGUGGAAUAAUUUUUUAAUCAGUUGUUUUGUUCUUGAAAACAGAUCUACAAUACUAAUGUGAAUCCUUUGGCAGCUUUUUAGAUAAUAAAUUUUACGUGUUUGUGUCAGCUUCUUUAUCAAGAAAGGAUGUUAAAGAAAUGAAACCAAAGAUGUAAUGAUCUAUUUAGAGAAAAAGCUGAUAGUAAAAUCAAAAUCACAUUUGUCAUAUCUACCUUAUCAAGUAUUUUCUUUUGCGCUUAAAAGUUAGGAUUAUAUUUCAAAACAUAAGAGAUGCAAGAAAAGCAGUGUACUGUAAAUAUCUGUAAUUGUUUAAACAAUUACAUCUAUUCAUGUUUUAAACUAUCUAGGUCUGUAACUGAUUAUUAUGAGAAUCAAGAUUUCUCUCUGUCUGUCAUCUUGAGAUAGAAUAUCAUAAAGUGACUUUCUUAAUGUUUUUAUUUCUGAAAAAAUGUUGUUUCUAUUUAAAUUUACAGUCAAAUAGAAGAUUGAAUAGUAAAGGCAAAACUGAAAUAUGUAUUUUUUUUUUCUUAUGAGCUAAUGUGAGUCAAACAAAUUACCCAUUUGAAAAAAGGCACAACAAACUGGAGUGCCUUCCUUGUUUAAAAUUAUGUAUAUAUUAUGCACUUAUUGAUAUAUAGAAUAGAAGCUAGUGUUACUGAAUAUAACUGAUAUUUAAAGUUGGCAUAGUAUGUUAUCAGCAUGUGUGCUCAAUUAAUAGCCAAGAAAUUUUGGUUGUUAAUGCUAUACAGAUGUCUUUUGUAUUACAGUUGUUUGAAUAAACUUUAGAUAAUGA